AUAUUUAGACAAUGUGUGUGUUUGUUUUUACCGGAAGAGAGCCAUUCAUGUGACUUGUUUUCGUUAUUCCACAAUGUGUAGAGAUAAAUGCGUUUCUUCAAACGAGAGUAUAAUUAAAAGCAGAUAAAUGUGAGAAAUCUACCAUGAAAUGAGCAUUUGUGUAAUAGUUCUGGUUUCUGUAUCAUUUAUUGGAUUUUAUAAUAUUAUCAUGUGAAGAAUUAAUUAUGAAAUUGCUCUCAAAAAUUUGCCAAAUUUUUUUAUUGGUAUCACUCACAAUUAAUCAAGUGCUUUUUGUUUCAGUUUUGUCAUCCCGGAGAUUGAUUGUAACAAAUGACGGCCCCGCUAUACUUGGAAGCAAUAUAACAUUUAUUGCUGUGUUACAAGAUUAUGUUCCAAAAUCUAAUUUGCUAUACGUAUUCAGCGAUGGAGUUCAAAAAUUGCAGUAUGAAACGCGGGCUGUUAACGUUUCUCUGAGUGUGGAAUUGCCAUCAACUCUUUAUGAUGAGGGGACUUACUUAAUGAAUGUGACAGUUGAAGAUAAUUUCGUAAUAUGGACUAAAACUGUUAUUGCCAACUGCAGUGUAUUUUCUAUACAGAGAGAUCUGAUUGGAGAAAUCUUAGUUUUCAGAGGUAAUAUAAGUUAUGGAAAUGAUGUAAAUGAAGUUGCUGUUGGAGAAAAUGUGACCAUUGUUACUGACUUACACAAUCCUAGUGGAUUCCUAAAUAAUUCUUUGAUUGAAUAUGCCUGGAGCAUCGAUGCAGAGAGACAUCAGACUUUGAAGAAUGUUUUAACUUAUAACUUUAGUGAUGCAGGCAUAAAGGAAAUUAAAUCAUUUGCUUCAGCAACUUUCCCAAAUAAUGACUUCAGAGUGGGAUUUUUCAACAAGAUGAUCACAGCAAAAGUGCCUGUCAACAAUGUGAAUAUUUCUGGAAAUCCUUUUAUUUUCCAUGGAGAAAUACUGAAUCUUACUAUUACUUGCAGUGGAAGUCCACCAUUUACAUAUUGCCAUGAGUUUGUGACCGAAAAUACUUCCGUGGAAAACUUUACUUGUACUCACUUAGCUACAUUUACCAGUUGCCAUAUGGAAAUCUUUAGAUACUUUCAGGACUACGGAACUUACCAUGUUGGUAUUUAUAUUAGUAAUGGGGUUAAAGAUGUGAAAAGAAUUCUUGAAAUAAUGGUUAUUAAUGUGACUGUGCAUCCAACAUUGUCAACUGUCAUCAUUCCAAUUGUAUGCAGCCUUCUUACAUUAAUUAUAAUUGCUAUUGGAAUUGCCUUGUAUGUGCAACAGAGGAAUCAGUUGGCAGUUGAAGUGGCCAAUUUUGACUUUCAAGAUGAUUCAGAUUCAUACUCUGAAAGGACCUUCUUUGAAAAGAUAUUUGAUUCAUUUACUUGUAAAAAUUGUGGGAGAAGUCAGUUUGCUUGUGGUGAUAAUGAAUCUGAUCCUUUGAUUUAAGAAGAAUCUCAUGAAAGAGUAUUUAUAUCUGAAUUUGUGUAACUUAUUAGCAUCAAAGUUUUUCUAUUGUUAUGAACAGUAUAAUCUGUAAGUAUUCUAUACUUAUGUGGGGUCUACAUAAAAUUGCACUCUCUAUAUCAUUUUGUCAAGGAAUAGAUUGGAGUAGAAUCAAGUGGUAUAUGUAAAUAUUUAUUAAAUAAUCAGAUAAAAUAUAUUUUUUCUGUAUAAAA